GCUGAGCGAGACUCUCAUUCAAGUGCAGCCCUCUUUCUCGGGUCUUGCAGCACACACAAUCCCGUCACCACUUACUCACAGCUUGUUACAGGCGGAAAUUAGCCGAGAACAGUGUCUUGGUUGCAGGAGGAGACAUUACACGUUGAAACUUGUACAUAACUGCCACCGUGACGCCGCCGCAAGAUGGAUGCCGUCGAGAGAGCCAACGCCGAUAGACAGAAGCGAUGGGCGAAAGACCAGAAGAUUGGAGAAGGUACAUACGCCGUGGUGUACCGAGGUCGUGAAAUAGCGACUGGGAGGAAGGUCGCUAUCAAAAAGAUCAAAGUAGGCCAGUUCAAAGAUGGACUUGAUAUGUCAGCCAUCCGGGAGGUCAAGUACCUUCGCGAGCUCAAGCACCAAAACGUCAUCGAGCUUCUCGACGUCUUCUCGUCAAAGAAGAAUCUCAAUCUUGUUCUCGAAUUCUUGGAAACCGACCUCGAACUAGUCAUCCGAGAUCGUUCACUGGUCUUUCUUCCUGCCGACAUUAAGAGCUGGAUGGCCAUGACAUUUCGCGGCUUGGAGUUCUGCCACAGGAACUUCAUACUUCAUCGGGAUUUGAAGCCCAACAACUUGCUUAUCGCUGCAAAUGGGCAACUCAAGCUAGCCGAUUUUGGUCUUGCACGGGAGUUCUCAGACCCCGGCUACAAAAUGACAUGUCAAGUAAUCACAAGGUGGUAUCGGCCACCAGAACUGCUAUUCGGCUGUCGAUACUACAGUACUGCUGUAGACAUCUGGUCCGUUGGUUGCAUCUUCGCUGAACUCAUGCUCCGAACGCCAUACCUCCCCGGCGAGUCCGACAUGGAUCAGCUGAGGACCACCUUCCGUGCACUGGGAACGCCUACAGAAGAAGAUUGGCCGGGCCACACAAAACUGCCUGAUUACGUUCCCGUAGGGCAAUUCCCGAAGACUCCGUUACGAGAGCUGUUCAGCGCUGCAACACCCGAGUGUCUGAACCUCCUUACCAGAUGUCUCACCUAUGAGCCACGUAGGCGGAUCAGCGCCAAAGAGGGACUAUACCACCCCUAUUUCUCAACACAUCCAUAUCCCACACACCCAUCCAAGCUUCCUAAACCUGCCGCCAAGAUGGGUUCGAGUCUGCCUUUGGAGGAGUUGGACGGCAAUACGGAGCCAAUCGGUAAUGGGCCUGGUGUCAAGGCCAACCCGCCGAAUAAGCUCAAACGCAAGCUCUCGUCCGACGAUGUCAACGGCAGCAGUCGUUCGAUUGCACGGAGACUCGACUUCACACAACAUCGGCCAACGGCGCAAUAAGCGAUGACACACGGUCAAUGGGUGAUGGCCAAAAGGGACAUGGCACGUCCCAACACUCUCGAUGUUCACGUCACGCUAGGGUAGACGUACGGACAAGUAAUAUGUACGAGUAAACACGGACUGCAGUGUACGCUAUGGGUAAGG